AUGCAUAUUAGCUUCAAACCCUUGGAACAUCAUGAAUGUGGAAAGACCUUCAUUUUGGUGUACAUUGGAGUAAACACCAGACAGUGCAUUAUAAAAGGACUGCUGACCCUCAGGGAUGUGACCAUAGAAUUCUCCGAGGAGGAAUGGGGAUGCCUGACCCACACUCAGCGGCAACUGUACAGGGACACGAUGUUAGAGAACUAUGGACAUCUCCAUUUCUUGGGUCUCACUGUGUCAAAGCCAAACCUGAUCAUGUUUUUGGAGCAAGAGAAAGAGCUCUGGGAUAUGAAGAGAAAGGAGACUGUAGCUCUCCAUGCAGGUGGGUGGGAAUGGAGAUACAGGAAAGUGAUUUGUGCUACACCACGACCAUACCGCAAAAUUCUCUAUUAG